CUAGUAACACUGAAAUCUGGCCUUUGAGAAUGUCUCCUGUGGGAUGGAGACCUGAUUCAUGCUUUUCUGAACAGCAGCUGGGUCUGACUGUCGCAAGGUUUGGGAUAGCUGGAAGAGGGGCAGGACAGAUAUGGCUCUGUGGCACUACUCAGCAUGACUGCCCCUUUGGGAUGGUUGACCCUAAUGACCCAUGAAGCUAUUUCAGGUAUGAGGGCUCUGCUUCCUUGUCCCUUCUCUGUCUAUCAGGCUACCAUUUAGGAGUUAACUGCCUGGCUAUUAUGCUCCCACAGAGUCAUCUGAGAUUGUAUGGGUACACCAGUCUUCACACCAGAUGUAAUAUUUGACACCAAACAAGAAAGAGGGGAGCACAUCCCUCCCUGAGAGAUCCUAGGUACCUGCCUGUAGUGGCAACGUGCCAGCCCUAACACAGGGCCCAGUAUGUACUUUGUCUUUUGGGCAAAAUGCUUCUUCACUCAGUGUUUUGCCUCAGUAGGGAAGGCAGGGUGCCUCAACCCCUGUAACAGUGGGUCAUGGGGGCCCAUGCUAACUGGUCUUCACCAAGGUGUAUCUGGCUUCCCACAGGCUAAAAGUGAGAGGAGGUAUAAGACCUCCUUGGGUCUCUGAACAUACUGAACCUCUCAGAGAUGCAUAUUCUCAGCUGAUGUAAAAUUAGUACUGCACUUCCAAGUGGCAGGUGGAAAGUGCUAUUAGCCAAUUGUCAUAAUGCAGACAAAAGAAAGCAAUGUAACUGUUUCAGUAUAGAUAUUUACUUAAAAUAAAUACCAUGUUGUCUUUAGAGCCGUAACUUGCAAGGAUGAGUGAGAUACAAAACUUCACUUGGGCAGUAGAAGAUAUUUUCAAGGAAACUUUUCUCACUUAUAUGAAUGGCUGGAGGAGAAACAUGACGGAAGCAGCAGACAAACUGCAAGCCAAGGUUGAUGCUGAAAACUUUGACUAUGUUAUUCUUUAUUUAAUGGUGAUGAUUGGGAUGUUCUCCUUCAUCAUUGUGGCAAUCUUGGUGAGUACUGUGAAGUCAAAGAGGCGAGAGCACUCCAACGAUCCCUAUCAUCAGUAUAUCGUUGAGGACUGGGGCGAGAAGUAUAAAAGCCAGGUUCUGAAUCGAGAAGACCUCAAGUGUGUGAUCCACGAAAACCCAGGUGCAAGGGACAAAACAAGCCCUGGCUCACCUUGACUUUUUGAAAACAUCUGCAAUGAGGAAAUCAUAAAGCCACGUGCAGGGAACUCACUGGAAUUACAAACAGAUGUGAAACUGUUCAUUAAAUUAACAGGACAAUGCAAAACAGAGUGCUGAGGAAAUCAACAUUACUGCUUCCCAUGAGGACUCUGGCACGGCUGCUCAGGGAACACCCAAGAAAAAUGCAUGAUUGUGCUUUGCUUAGAUACUCUGUUCUUCAAGAAAAUAAAACCAAGAGAAUGAGCAAAUGAA